AUGUCCGGUCGAGGAAAAGGUGGUAAAGGUUUAGGUAAAGGUGGUGCCAAGCGACACAGAAAGGUCCUGAGAGAUAACAUCCAAGGUAUCACCAAGCCCGCCAUCAGACGUCUCGCGAGAAGAGGUGGUGUUAAGCGAAUCUCAGGUCUCAUCUACGAGGAAACCCGAGGUGUCCUCAAGAUCUUCCUCGAGAACGUCAUCCGAGAUUCCGUCACCUACACCGAACACGCCAAGAGAAAGACCGUCACCUCCCUCGAUGUCGUAUACGCCUUGAAGAGACAAGGUAGAACCUUGUACGGUUUCGGUGCUUAA